UGAGGGAAGGGAUGGACUCAAAUGUCCCCACCCAAACACACUCGCAUCUUCCCUUCCCUUCGUGAGCAACCUCACCCCAGCAGUUCCUCAAAGUGGGACAGAGGUGCGCGGCCAGGUUAUCCCCCUCGGACUCCCCUGGCUGCCCAGGGUUUGAAACACAACUUGUACAACUCCUGAGCUGAGGGGCACGGAGCCAGAACUUCAACUCGGGCUGUUCCACAGGAACCACCGCCAGCAACAACAACAACAAAACAAGAUAACGAGGGGGUGGCGAGCGGAGCUGCAGAUGCCCAGGGAUCACUGAGGGUGAGACGGCAAUUCCCCAGAGCCCAGUCGCAGAGGCUGCCCUUGGCGAGGCAGGAGGAGAGAUGAAGAGCUCUCAAUGAUACGUGGAAUCUUUGGGAGGAGUACUUAUGGUUGCUUGUGGAUUGGCAUGGAUAAAGGAAGAGAACAGAAACAACUAGAACCAUAGCACUCUCGUUUUCUUUUCGAAGCCUGGAUAUUCUCAAACAUAUCAAGGGCUGAUUUUACGCCUUGCCCUAGACUGACAUUCACUGCAGCAACAAGGAGAGACAUUAAGUUGGAAGGGAAGAUGGUGACCUGCCACUAUAACAAAACAAUGAACUUUUUCUACAAUCUCACAACUAGCUCAGCGGUACAGGAAUGGAGCGUCCGCCAUUACCUGGGUUUGGGUUUUGGUAUAGUUUGCUGCCUGUUUAUCUUCCUGUGUAACACCAUGAUUGUAAUCGCCGUGAUACGCAACCGUCGGUUCCAUUUCCCUUUCUUCUACUUGCUCGCCAAUCUUGCGUCUGCUGACAUUUUUGCCAGCCUGGCGUACGUCUUCCUGAUGUUUAACACGGGCCCAGUUUCGAGGACACUGACAGUGCAUCGUUACCUGCUGCGUGAGGCGCUCCUGAACGUGAGCUUCUGUGCAUCACUGUACAGCCUGCUGGUAAUCGCCAUCGAACGCUACCUCUCUGUCAUCAAGAUGAGACUCCACAGCAGCCUAUCAAAGCGACGGGUCACUCUCCUGGUCCUGGUUAUCUGGGGAACUGCGGUCUUCAUGGCUACCAUCCCCAACAUGGGGUGGAAUUGUAUCUGUGACAUCAGCACCUGUUCGUCACUGGCCCCCAUUUACAGCAGGAGUUUCCUGAUAUUCUGGGCUCUAUUCAACCUCUUCACGCUUGGCUUUGUUGUAAUAAUAUAUCUGCGGAUUUAUAUCUACGUCAGAAAGAAAACCUUGAAUUUGAUGUCUCACACCACUGGCUCCAUCAAACGCAACAAGAUGCCUAUGAAGCUGAUAAAGACCAUUGUGACAAUUCUGGGUGCAUUUGUUUUUUGCUGGACUCCUGGGCUGGUGGUGGUCCUUUUGGAUGGUCUUUGCUGCUCUAGCUGCCAUCUGCUGAGUGUAAAGAUUUGGGUCCUUCUGCUGGCCUUGACCAACUCUCUGAUGAACCCAAUCAUUUACUCCUACAAGGACCCAGACAUGUGGCAUGUGAUAAAGCAAAUGCUCUGUAUCGCCUGUAGCAACAAGAUCGAGGUGGAGCAGGAUACAUUGAGGUCCACCUCACACCGGCAAAGUGUCGUCUCUGAAAACACUGACUUGAGCAUUAACCACUCUCAGCUGCAGGUGAAACCCUGAAACGAUCCAGGCUGUGUGCAAGAUUGUCUUGGUGGUUCUGAGUGUUGGAGACACCUGUCAACAGAUCUCUUAGUUCACACAAAGGACAAGGGAAGCUUCGCAAGAUUUUUACUGAACUUGUUUUGCAGUCACCUUUGGAAUUUAGUAUUGGGCUGUGGAAUCUAAUUCAUUUUGUUGAAUUAGUAUCAGGAACCCGGUGGGUUCUGAGAAGUGAAAACACAUUUUUUUAUUUCUAAAAGGGACUUCUUAGAUAAAGGUUGCACGUUUAUCACUUCGCCAGCAUGUUGUAACCUGAAGAGUGUUGUGACUUUAUUGUCACCAGGUUUGUUCAAAUGGACUGAGGCAGUAUUUUACUCAAUCUUUUUAGGUCUAACCUACAAAGUAGAAUGCUUCUCAGACUGUUACUCUGAGGAAUAUUUUUGAAAAUGAUCCCUGGCUUCCAGCAGAAAAGCAAGGGCUAGGUGGAACACAGGACAAGUGAGGUGUUACAAGGCCAUCAUGACAGUGUUUACAUCCAAUAACCGCACACAACCCCUUUCUGAUUCAAAAUCCUGAAUAAAUACCAUUGUCACCACAUGGACUGUGAUGGCUCAACAAAAUGGUUUUAUGCUAAGGGAGAUUUAAUACAGAGUUGAGGAGAAAAUACUUCCCCCAAAGGGUCAUGAAUCUGUGGAUUUCACUCCCCCAGAGUGUGGUGGAUGCUAGUAUAUUGAGUAAAUGUAAGGAGAAGAUAGAUUUUUGAUUAGUAACGGGUUGAAGGGUUAUGGGGAGUGGGCAGGAAAGUGGAGUUGAGGCCAAGAUGAGAUCAGCUGUGAUCAUAUUAAAUGGUGGAGCAAGCUCGAGGGGCUGAAUGGCCUCCUCCCUGCUCCUAGCUCCUUAUGCUCUUAACUUCAAACUAACCCAUUUCAGGCCGAGAUAAGGAGAUAACCUACCUUCUCUCAGAGGGUCAUGAGGCUUUGGAACUCUCUUUCUAAACAGGUGGUGGAAGCUGUUUUUGUAUAUUUUUUAGGCACAGUUAGAUUGAUUCUUGGGAGGUUGGCGACCCACCAUCACGUCCUUGAGGGCCAGCUCAAGGUGGCUGAUAGAUGCAACUUUACCCGAGAAGGAACCCUGAGAAAAAAAAUACUUUAAAUGUUGAUUGCUGCCUGGCUGACUCCAUGCAAAAUUGUAAUCUCCAAGCAACGAAAGAAACCUCAAGUACUGAGCGAUUAUGGGAUGUUUGAUUGUGUUGAGUCACUCAGCCUAAUGAGCUACAAAGCCUGUAACCUACUUUAUAUAUAAAGUUCAUUCACUUUGUAGUGAUUAUGGCAGUUUCUAUGUAAUUAAUGAUUUUAAUUUUAUUUCCGUGUACAAAAUUAAUAGCCGUAGCUUAGACUUUUUUUUCAGUCAGUUUGGGAUAGCGUACAAAUCCAAAGUAUUUUUAAGAUUUUUUUUCAUUCGAUUAGCAACAACUUUACCUUUUUAAACAAACAAAAUCAUUAUCCUGUUGCCAAAAGAAGCAGAUAUUCAGAAUGGAUUAAAGACGUUUAUACAGAAGGCAGGAGGGAAUACAGUGUCAUCUUAAAAUACUCAUAGGACUCAUAAUACAGGACUCAUUUGGUCCUUAUUUUGAGGGAGUUGGAGUAUAAGAGUAGGGAAUUCAUGUUCCAACUGUAUAAGGUGCUGGGGAGACCACAUCUGGCGCACGAUGAGCGGUUUUAGUCCUUUAUUUAAGGAAAUACAUGUAGUUUAUAAAAGGUAGUUCAUAAAAGGUUCACUGGGGUGACCCCUGGUAUGGAGAGAGUGUUUAAAGGAACAAGUUUGGGACUCUACUCAUUGGUGUGUAAAAGAAUGAGAGGUGAUUUAAUUGAAACAUCAGAUUCUUAAGGGGCUUGACAGGGUCAAUGCUGAGAGGAUUAAUCCUCUCAUGGCAGAGUCUAAGUCCAGAGGGUAAUGUCUCAGAAUAAAGGGGCAGCAAUUUAUGUCUGAGAUGAGAAGGAGUUUCUUCUCUUAGAGGGUUGAGGGUCUCUGGAACUCCUUACCACUGAGAGCUGUGGGGGCAGAGUCCUUGUGUCUAUUUAAAACUGAGAGAGAGAUUCUUGAUCAGUUGGGGAAUCAAGGAUCAUAGGGAAAAGGCAGGAAAGUGGGUGUGAGAAAUGGCCUACUCUUGUGCCUCUUUCUUAUGAAGAUGUGAAGUUGUGCAGGAUGCUUCAGUAUCCAAGAGUGCCUCCACAGCAUCACUACUCCCCAAACAGGGCAGGCCCUGAACAAUAUAGCAGCCAGACUGGGCCUGCAGCUGAUGCUGAGGGAACUGACAAGAAUGAAAAAGCCAUGUUACAAUGUCUUCACCAAUCUACCAUUUGCUGAUGCGUAUGUCCAUGACGGUAUUGGUAGGAGUGAGCUGACAGUCUGUGUGAAGUUGGAGUCCCACCUUCGCACUGGGAAUCUCGUCCAUCAUGAUAGGGCAAAUAGAUUGAAUGUUGGCUUUUAUUCCAAAGGGAAUGUUGCAUAAAAUGGCAACACAGUGGCACAGUGGUUAGCAUUGCUACCUCACAGCGCCACGGACCUGGGUUCCAUUCCACCCUCGGGUAACUGUCUGUGUGGAGUUCACACAUUCUCCCCGUGUCUGCAUGGGUUUCCUCUCACAGUCCAAAGAUGUGCAGGUUAGGUGGAUUGGCCAUGGGAGAAAUUGCCCAGAGUGUUCAGGGAUGUGUAAGUUAGCUGCAUUAGUCAGGGGUAAAUGCAGAGUAAUGGGGAUUGGGUCUGAACGGGUUACUCUGCAGAGGGUUGGUGUGGACUUGAUGGGUGAAAUGGCUCGUUUCCAUGCUGUAGAGAUUCUUCUAAGGAUAAAAGUAGGGAGUCUCACUAAAGCUAUACGAGUCAGAUCACAGCUGGAAUAGUGUGAGCAGUUUUGGAUUCCUUAUCUAAAGCAACAUAUAUUUACAUUGGAGGCAGUCCAGAAAUGGUUCAUUUGGCUAUUGCUGGGUGUGAAGGGAUAUUUUUAUGAAGGAAGUUAAGGUCUGUACUCUUUGGAAUUUUGUAGAAUGCAGAAUUGAUUCUUACGGGGACAGGGUAGAUGAGUGGUGCAAGCCUUGGGAGUGAUGACCACACUCCCAUCAAGAAUACAACGAUGGGAUUGAUUCAGUCAGAUUUCCAUUCAAUGUAGACCACGGGCAACAGAAUUGUAUUCAAGCACAAUCUGCACUCAGGACCCAGCAAAUUACUAACUCGAUUGACACCAUCAAAGCGUAGGCUUAAUGAACAGCGUAGAUCAAUAUGCCAGGGGCAGCACCAGACAUAACUAAAACUGAGGUUACAAUUACAUAGAGCUGAAUUUGGUUGUCAAACAGAAGAAGUAUGUGAUAAACAGAGGUAAGUGAUCCCACACUGAAUAUAAGUGGUCAGAGUUCUACAGUCCUGCCAAAUCCAGUCAGGAUGAUGCAAGAACAUUAAACUACUCACUGAAGAAGGAGGGUCCAAAAAUAUUCCCACCCUUAAUGAUGAGGGAGUUCUACACAUCAGUAUAAAUGAAAAGGCUGAAGCAUGGGCAACAAUCUUCUGUCAGGAUUGACAAGUGGAUGAUUUGACUAGGAGAAAGUGAGGACUGCAGAUGCUGGAGAUCAUGCCUGCAAACUCAGAAAAGAAUCUUAAACUGUCUGCAGAAUCCAAGGAAAAGAAAUUGAGAGAAUGAAGUAAACACUUAAACAGUUGAGAUCGGAGUGACAUUUCUCUGGAGUUAACUUUCUGUAAAAGGAUAGUUUUGGAAAACAUUGAAACUUUGUUUUGCUCUUUGUGUUGUGCUCUUUCUAGCUGUCUUAUAUAACUCUUUUUGUUUAAUAAACUUUUGUUCUGUUGUUAAAGAA